AUGUCACCAGACGAACCCAGGUGUACCAGUUCAUUAUCAGAUGAGAUUGAAUGUUGUCCAAGGGCAAGAGCAAGGCAUCAUGUCGCUUCCUUCCAAUUCACCUCAGAUGUUUUGCAACUUCGUCUCACUGUGCUUUCCCGCUUUCACUUCUCCCACACUUUUUUCUGCACUGAGACAGUAAGAACGCUUGCUUCUCUGGUGGGCAAUGAGGGAGCUGCAGGGGAGGACGUGUUUCCCUCCGUUCUUCCUAAGGCCUUUGACUUCUCUGCAGAGGAGAAAAUCUAUGCCUGGUGGGAGGGCAGCGGGUACUUCAAGCCAGACGAGUCCGCUCUGCAAUCAGGCGCUGCUGCUGCUGCUGGUGACAGCAGUGAUAAGACUGACAUUAGCACUCCGUUUGUCAUCUCCAUGCCCCCUCCCAACGUGACUGGCGCGCUGCACAUGGGCCAUGCCAUGUUCGUCACUCUCGAGGACAUUAUGGCUCGGUUCUGGCGCAUGAAGGGGCGUCCCACCCUCUGGCUUCCAGGCACAGACCAUGCAGGCAUCGCCACUCAGCUGGUGGUGGAGAAGAUGCUGGCCUCUGAGGGGAUCAGCCGAAAGGAGCUGGGCCGAGAAGAAUUUGUGAAGCGCGUGUGGGAGUGGAAGGAGAAAUAUGGUGGCACAAUCGCAAAGCAGAUUCGCAGGCUCGGCGCCUCCUGUGAUUGGUCGAGAGAGAGGUUCACCCUGGAUGAUCAACUCAGCAAGGCCGUGGUGGAGGCAUUUGUCCGCUUGCACAACAAGGGACUCAUCUAUCGCGGCACCUACAUGGUGAACUGGUCGCCCUUCCUGCAGACCGCUGUCUCAGAUCUGGAGGUGGAGUACUCAGAGGAGCCAGGCACGCUCUACUUCUUCAAGUACCCCAUCGUUGGAGGCACAGAAGACGACUAUCUACCUGUAGCCACGACUCGCCCAGAGACCAUUCUGGGAGACACAGCAGUGGCCGUGCACCCAGAGGACGAACGCUUCAAGAAGUUUGUGGGAAAGCAGGCAGUGGUGCCCAUGUGUGGCGGCAGGACCAUUCCCAUCAUUGCCGAUGAUUACGUGGACAUGGAGUUUGGCACAGGGUGUCUCAAGAUCACUCCCGGCCAUGACAUCAAUGACUAUGCCAUCGGGCAGCGCCGAGACCUGCCUAUUAUUAACAUCCUCAAUAAGGAUGCCACACUCAAUGAAAACGCAGGGGCCUUCUGUGGUUUGGAUCGGUUUGAGGCUCGGAAGCAGGUAUGGGAGCAGCUGGAGAAGGAAGGUCUGGCGAUCAAGCAGCAGCCACACAUGCAGCGGGUGCCACGCUCCCAACGAGAAGGCGAGGUGGUGGAGCCGCUGGUGAGUCGCCAGUGGUUUGUGCGCAUGCAGCCACUGGCAGAGCCGGCACUGGAAGCAGCACGGACCGGCGAACUCAAAAUCAUUCCAGAGCGGUUCGAAAAGAUCUACGAGUUCUGGCUGGACAACAUCAGGGAUUGGUGCAUCAGUCGGCAGCUGUGGUGGGGCCACCGCAUCCCCGUCUUCUACCCCUCCUGGGACUCCGCCCCGCCGGCUCCUCUACCUGGGAAGGGCACUGCCGGUGCUGAGGAGGGGGCGGUGGAGUAUGUUGUGGCUGGGACUGAGGCUGAGGCUCGGGAGAAGGUUCGGGAGAUGUUCGGGGACGAGGCGGCGGAAACUGUGCGGUUGGAGCAGGAUCCUGACGUGCUUGACACGUGGUUCUCCAGGAGUCACCUCGAGGCGGCUGAGACAGUGCGGUUGGAGCAGGACCCUGAUGUGCUGGACACGUGGUUCUCAAGUGGCCUGUGGCCAUUCAGCACGUUGGGUUGGCCCAACGAGUCAGCACAGGACUACCAGAAGUAUUACCCGACCUCGGUCAUGGAAACAGGGCACGACAUCCUGUUCUUCUGGGUGGCACACAUGACCAUGAUGGGGCUGGAGUUCACAGGCAAGCUGCGUUUUCAGCACGACAUCCUGUUCUUCUGGGUGGCACGCAUGACCAUGAUGGGGCUGGAGUUCACAGGCAAGCUGCCUUUCCACACCAUCUACCUGCAUGGCCUCGUGCGCGACGCACAGAUACAUCACCGGCAGGCUGCCCUUCCACACCACACCAUCUACCUGCAUGGGCUCGUGCGCAACGCACAGGGGCGCAAGAUGUCCAAGUCGCUGGGCAACGUGGUGGACCCAUUGGAUACGAUCAAUGAGUUUGGCACCGACGCCCUCAGAUAUACCCUCGCCACCGGCACCACUCCUGGCCAGGACGUGAAUCUGUCUAUGGAGCGUCUGGGCGCCAACAGGGCGUUUGUGAACAAGAUAUGGAAUGCGGGGAAGUUCAUUCGGCAGAACCUUCCUAGCAAGGACGACGAGAAGCAGUGGCAGCGCCUGGGGCAAGUCAAGUUUGACACUCCUGAGGCGCUUGCUGCCCUCCCAUUGGCCGAGAGAUGGCUGCUCUCCCGUCUGCACACUCUCGUGGACGAGGUCACAGAGGCGUACAUUGCGUACGAGUUCAACGCAGCAGGCCGGCGCAUCUACGACUUCUUCUGGAGCGACUUUGCUGACUGGUACAUUGAGGCCAGCAAGACCCGCCUCUACAGUGGCUUCCGCUCCUCCAGCAGCAGCGGUGAAAGCAGCAGUGAGAGUGAGAACGAAGGGCAGGCGAAGGAGUCCCAAGGCGCACCAGCAGACGAGGCGCAGCAGCAGGCGCAGGCGGUGUUGGCAUACGCGUUUGACUCCGUGCUGCGACUUCUGCACCCCUUUAUGCCAUUCGCCUCCGAACAACUCUGGCAGGCGCUGCCACAUGACUCCUCCCUGCCCACCCUCAUGCUCGCGCCCUGGCCCGCUGCUGGUUUGCCGAGGGACACGCAGGCUCAGGAGGAAUUUGACGACCUUCAAGCACUGACACAAGCCAUCUGCAGUGUGCGUGCAAGAAAAUCCGAUCCAUUUUCACCCUCUCGUGUUCCCCUCAUCCCCCCUCUCCCUUCUAUGCAUGCAGCCAUCCGCAAUGUGAGGGCGGAGUAUUCAGUGGAACCAGCCAAAAAGAUAGCUGCCACUGUCAUCGCUGCACCCGCCCUCUCUCCUGCCAUUCAGGGUGAGAGGGAUGUGCUAGCCUUGCUUGCUCGAGUUGACCCUUCCUCUCUGCACAUCACAUCGGACCAACCAGAUGCGGCAGCAGCGCCAGCAUGUGUGCAUGGGACUGGAGGCAUAUCUGCCCAUAGCAGACAUGGUGGACGUUCCCAAGGAGCUGCAGCGCCUGGGCAAGCAGCCAUGUUCCCCUCCCAUCCGACUAUCCUUUCCCCUCCCAAUGCCCCAUCUCCAUGCUGCAGCACCCCUCUCAAACCCCUCGUACCCUCACCCCACCCCUGUCUCUCCCUCUUCCCGUCCCCAUUCAAUCACCCCAACCCAGACAAGGCAGCAGCAGCAGCAUGUGUGCAUGUGGUGGCAGCAGAGGGACUGGAGGCAUACCUGCCAAUUGCGGACAUGGUGGACGUGCCCAAGGAGCUGCAGCGCCUGGGCAAGCAGCAGACCAAGCUCACAGCCGACGUCAACUCCUGCCGCUCCCGCCUCUCCUCCAAAAAGUUUGUGGACAAGGCGCCAGCAGCAGUGGUAGACGGAGUGAGGAAGCAGGCGGAGGAGGCGGAGGAGAAACUGGCUCUUGUCAACAGACGCUUGGAGCAGCUGCAGGGCAUGGCUGCCACUGCCACCACCGCGUGA